AUGUCAACGCACACUGCGAGAGACAACGCCCGGCCAAGGCACGCCCCGGAUCACAGGAACGGCAAGCGAAACCGGCGAAAGCUGGGAACGGAACAUCCUGGUGCCAUCGACGUCUUCGCUGCCAAUGCUGAAUGCACAACCACGCACAACCUCCGACUUGAGUGGUUGCAGGACUGUCACACAACAGCACGACAAACCCACACGAGCAAGCGUUUGCCGCUGGUGCUAUCUCCUCACGAAGAGGCUCCGAGCGGUGAAAGGCACCCAGGAAAACGCACAGCAAGAACAGCUGAGCGUGGUGCAGUCGGAAUCUUAGCUGCACGCGACGUGCUCUUUCCACGAGGUUGCAUGUUCCUCAGGCAAAGGAAGGCGGCAGAAGCCGGCGCCAUGCACGCUUGCGCGAUGAAGAGGUCAUGCGGCGCGUGCUGA